GCUAUACAUCUUGUUAUUGGUUAAGUCCUCGAUCUCGGUAACAGCGGUUUGUACCACGACAUCAUACAUAACGGGAAUAUGUUCAAUGUAGGAAUACUAACAGAGGAGAAUUGACGGUAAAUCAAUUUUACCGAAGAGAUGGUGAUAAUUGAAGGAUCUAGCUGGCUGGAGGACGUCUCCAACGUUGAUCGAUCAUACAGUUCCUCCGUACUGACCACGACUGUCGCGACUCUGGUCAUCUGUCUGGCUACCUGUGUCAGAGAGAAAACAUCUAAGGCCUCUACCUAUAACACCUUGACCAGUACCUGUGAUUGUUACGACAGUCUAACCACUUCGACGUCAGUGAACGGAAAUCGACUUUGGACGCGUCACAUUGAAGGAUAUUUAUACAACAGUCAACUUGGCUGGUAUAUAAAAGUUGUUGCCGACCAAUGGAAUUCACACUGGGAUGCCGAGAGCGACUGCGCGGCGGAUGGUGGACGGUUGGUUGUUUUGGAUACCGUUGCUAAGCACACGUAUAUUACCGGACUACCAGAGGUGCUGUAUGACAACUACUACCAUCUUGGUGCGACCGAUGUGGCAGUCGAAGACACGUUCGUUUGGAGUACCGGAAGUGUAGUGUCGAGACAAUCUUUCCUGUGGCACGGUACCCAACCGGAUAAUAGGGGCUCUCAGAACUGUCUGGCAAUAUACAAAUGGUUGUACGAUGAUGUAGGGUGCAGCAGUGAUAUGAACUUUAUCUGCGAACUAGUAUAAUGUGGGAUACGUUGUCUAUUCGUAUUAUUUCCAGGAAGAGGAAAAAUAGAUAAUUUGCUGUACUUCCCGGAUAUCAGCCAACGCCAUGGUCAGUGUCAAUCAGGAAUCGGCCACCAAUAUCCCCUGAAAAUAGCCACCAAUAUCCUCUGAAAAUAGCCACCAAUAUCCCCUGAAAAUAGCCACCAAUAUCCUCUGAAAAUAGCCACCAAUAUCCCCUGAAAAUAGCCACCAAUAUCCUCUGAAAAUAGCCACCAAUAUCCUUUGAAAAUAGCCACCAAUAUCCCCUGAAAAUAGCCACCAAUAUCCUUUGAAAAUAGCCACAGAUGUCCCCUGAAAUAGUCACCAAUAUCCUUUAAAAUAGCCACUAAUAUCCCCUGAAAAUAGCCACCAAUAUCCUCUGAAAAUAGCCACCAAUAUCCCCUGAAAAUAGCCACCAAUAUCCUCUGAAAAUAGCCACCAAUAUCCCCUGAAAAUAGCCACCAAUAUCCUCUGAAAAUAACCACCAAUAUCCUUUGAAAAUAGCCACCAAUAUCCCAUGAAAAUAGCCACCAAUAUCCUUUGAAAAUAGCCACAGAUGUCCCCUGAAAUAGUCACCAAUAUCCUUUAAAAUAGCCACUAAUAUCCCCUGAAAAUAGCCACCAAUAUCCCUUAAAAUAGCCACCAAUAUCCCAAUAUCAGUAGUGUACCCAGGGAAAUCUUCCGCCGGUGUCCCCCGUGAAAUUAGCAGAUUCCUUCAAAAUUUAGAAUAAAAAUAGAAUUGACCCCGAAUCAAAUAGUACGACAGGUGGGAUGUCUGUGGGAUGUCUGUCAACAGGUGGGAUUUCUGUCGACAGGUAAUACCACACGAAAAUAAAUCUAUUCUGUUAUACAUUCUGUUGUAUUUUCUAUGUCAUUUAAUUAAUAUGAAGUUUGACUUUUAUGUAUACGUCCCGUUAUUCACAUAUAACUAUAAAUCAUAUUUUAUAGAGUAACACACAACAUGAUGCUACCACAAUGGAGCGCUGUCUAGAUUUUAUAUAAUUCAAAAUGUGAUGCUGAAUUUAUAUCAUCCAAUACCAUGACACAUUGAUCUAAACUACUGAAGUUAUUAAGCGAUUUCAUCCUUAUAUGU